UUGUUGUUGUUGCUGCUGCAGUCAUCUUUUCCAUGUGGAUUUGUUCAAGAAAGUGGCAAAGAAAUGUUUCGAGGAAAAGUGCAUCCUGAAGAAAAACAGGCUCCUACACUACAGGGAGUUUAUAAGAUUUCACCAGGGUGUAUGAUAAAUAUUCCAGAAAGCGAUUUUGCAGAUUGCAUCCCUGACAGUCAUUUUUCUAGAGAAUCUGAAUACUCUGAAGAUGAUGAAACUAUCAGCGAUAAUAACGCGGACAUACAGGAUGGCGAUGAGUGGUAUGGUUGUGUUAGUACUAUUAGACACGGAGGGAAAGAUGAUUUAUCUAAAACUCUUAAAUCAAACACAAUUAAGCAGGACACAGACGCAGAUGGCAAUACGUUCUUGCACAUUGCUGUGUACGAAGAUAAAGAAGAUAAGUUAGACUUCUUACUUGAAAAAUAUCCUAAACAGAUAAAUAAAGAAAACAAGAAGAAACAAACACCUCUGCAUAUCGCAGCAAAACUUAACAGAAGUGAAAUUGCAAGGAAACUUAUUGAAAAGGAAGCCGAAAGAGAUAUCCAAGACAUAAACAUGUUCACCCCUCUAUUGACUGCCGUUAUGUACGACAGUCUAGAAGUGUUCGAUCUUCUAGUCGAUGAGAGCACAAAUGGUGGAUCUAAAAAUAUAGACAUGCAGUUACUUCAGAUAGCUGCAAAACACAACAGUAAAAGAGUCGCAGAAAAACUGAUACAAACACAUGAUGCGGCAUUUCUAGCAAGUAAAACGGACGAAAGUGAAACAAAUCUUGUUCACUUAGCCACGGAUAAUAACAGUGUCGAUGUUUUAGAACGCAAAGAUGGUGAUAAAAACAUCAAAAAACAAAUUACUACUCCACUUCAUAUCGCUGCACGCGCAGGGUACUUGGACUGUUUGAAGGUUUUAAUAAGAGUUCGUGAGGUAGACUUCUAUAGACAAUCUGAACAUGGAGAAACAGCUCUACAUCUAGCAGCUGCAAAUGGAAAGAAAGGAGUUGUUGAAGAAUUGCUUAAAGCUGCACCAGAACUGAAGGACGUGAAGGAUGCAUCGGGACAAACUGCACUUUAUUCCGCAAUCAAACAUGUGAAAAUCGUAGAGAUUCUUAUCAAAUCAGGUGCUGAAGUAGAUGACACAGACAAUCACGGUAGAACGCCAAUAAGCUAUGCUGCCGAAAAAGGACUGUUGGAAUGUACAAAAAGGUUGAUAGAUAAAGCGAAAAUCAAUGAAGGUGAUAACGAAAUGGUAAAUUAA